UUCGGCAUAACCAGAGUCUAUUUAUCUGACAUUAGAGAUCAGAAUACAACAGAUCAACCCAAAGGCAAAACUGGGACUCAGCGGUUUAAGAGAAGAAUGCAUACACUUUUAUACAUAGCAGUAUUUCUUUGCCCUAUCAUUUACACAAAUGGAGUGUGUAUUCAAUUUAAUUGUUCUCCUAUAAUUAAUAUCACUAAUACACCUUAUUUGAAUUGUGAAUUGAAUUGGACAGAAAUCAGCAAGUGUAUAAAUAUAUCAACCCUGAUCAUACGUCACAGCAACAUAAAAGAUAUCGGCAAACAGUUACAUCUCUUUAAAAAUCUUGAGCAUCUGGAAAUGUCCCACAAUAAACUUAAUUUGCUUCCAGACUAUUUUCUUAAUGAUGCCACUGCCCUGGUUAAUCUGAGCCUUAAUGAAAAUAGGCUUACAUCUUUACCCAGGAAUUUUCUAAACAAUUCUAAAAAAAUAACAUUUGUGAACCUUGAGGGAAACUUAUUGUCAUCCAUUCCUGAAACGAUUUUUCAUCAGAAUCUUUCCAACUUGAUUGUUGAUUGCACAUGUAAAGUUGCACAGUCUAUUUCACAUGCAUGUAACAAUAAUCCAAUCUGCAACCAUACUUUUAUUCAGUGUAAGUUGGGUUCAACGCUGUACGACUUGAAGGAAUUUCUACAGGAAUGCGGAUCAGCAAAACUUAUGGUCAUAUACAUUGCUGUACCAAUAGCAUUGCUGCUUCUGAUACUGGGCACAGUUGCUUACGUCAUGUAUACGAAGAUAAUGACAUCUACUAAUAUGGAAGACAAAGGGAGUCCAGACAAGUCACCUACUCACAUGCAACCUCGCUACACCCCCAGAAAUAAUGACAGCAUUCAACAAACUACAACUGAAUUUAGUUGUGAGAGGAGAGAAUAUGAGAACGUAAUGGUUGCUGGUCCAACAAAAAAUAACCAAAUAAAGCCAUACGAAUGGCAUGGACCUGGACCACAAGGUGGCAAACGGAAUAUGGUGGUAGAAGAGGGUAUUUAUUUGGAAAGUGAUGUCGCUGAUGGUGACCAACCAAUUUACAGCAACACUCAACCAACAUAUUAUAGCUACACAGAGCCUGGCACAAUGAACAAUGCACAUACAGAAGAAGAUGUGUACAUCCUGCCAGACCAGUAACAAAGGAAACUUCAUGUUAUGAUGUUCUGUUGGUGGUAUUCUUUGCAGAAUAUUGCCUGUUAGUCAGUAUUUGCCUUUUUUUUUUUUUACCUAGAUAUAUACACAACAACUUUACACUCUGUUUUCUAGCUCCAUACGUCCGGUUUGUUAUGAAGCAAUCUUUUUAAUUAUGCUUUGUGUUAUAGACAUGCAGGAAAUCUAUCUAGUGUCUUAUGAACCAACAGGAAACAUUUUACAAAUUGGCAGAAUUUUGGAGUGGUAUUAAGAAGAAAUGUUAUAAUUUAAUGUAAAUGAUCUAAAUAAGAAAUAUUGGAAAUAUUGAAAAGUUUCAGUACCUGGAUGUGCUAAUGACUUUGGUUUAUUAAUUAAUUGUGCUUUUCGUCUUGUGAUUUAAAUUUCUUAUAUAUAAAAAAUGUACAUCAUGACCUCACUGGACAAUUUCUGCAAUAAUAGAAAUAUGAAGUUAUGUAAAUCAACUACCCAGUGAAAUCUCUUGUUGGCUUAUAUGUAUAUGGUAUAAUUUGCAUAAGCUACAUCAUACCGUAAUUUCCAAUUUACAGUCAAAGGCAAUCCUGCAGUUGUACUUUACCUUUAUCAUCAUCAAGCUCUGCUAUGCUGUGUUUGUCAGGGCUGGAUUUACAUCACAAGCAACUGUAGGCAGAGAAAUCUCAAGUGCCCCCAAUUCCCACUUGCAAACUAAAAAAAAAA